AUGCAACAAUUGCUCCUUGUGGCAAUUCGUUCUGUUUUGGAGAAGCCUGCAAGAAUCGUACUCGUCCCGAAGGUUGCAUUGCGGUAUAUAGCUAAAGAAGCUGUAGAGUUUUGUACCGAGCAUUUAUCUGAUGUUAGUACAGUUGGAGUGCCUUCAAGCCAAAAGAUGGGAGUUUCAAAGCCAUUAUCAGGUUGCACAGUGAGCAUAGUUGAUCGGGACCUGUUGAACCAAGCACAUCUAUAUGUCUUGGAGAAUACAGAGAAAGUCCUACCUUAUAUUGAGCAACAUAUGAUUCACAUCAAGACCGCUUAUCCAAAAUUUAGAAAGAGAACAAAGUGGCUGCAGGAUAAGCACAAUAGCACUUUCAUUCAAUCGCUACGCUUCAAGGUUCAAAGUGAACUUAAUGAGGAAGACAAUCAUGGCGUAUCAGAAAAUUUAAGGUGGCUAGCAGCUGGUCUAAACAUGGCAGUGCCAUCAUAUAUGAGCUAUCUUAUUAAAGGUGAUGUGAGAAUUGAGUGUGAGCUAUUUACUAUAGGGAUGCCAAAUGUUGACACAUUUGAUGAACUGUGUGGAGACCUCUCUUCCUUCAACUUCUCCCCUCUCCAACGCCUCACCACUCUAGACCUUGGCAACAACUACUUCACUGGUGAGUUCCCCAAAAGCCUCUACUCUUGCAAGUCACUAACAGCUAUUAGAUUGACCGAGAAUCAGCUCACAGGACAGAUAUCACCUGAAAUAGUUGCAUUAGAAUCCUUGGCUUUCCUCUCCAUCUCUACCAACAACAUGACAAAUGCCACUGGGGCUCUUAGGAUUCUAAAGGGUUGCAAGAACCUGACCUCUCUGAUCUUGUCCAAUAAUUUUCCGUUUGAGCCUGUGCCAGAUGAUAAAAGCCUAGGAGACCUAGAUGGAUUCCAAAGCCUUCGGGUUUUUUCUCUGGGGGGUUGCCAAUUCACAGGUCAAGUACCCACCUGGCUAGCCAAGCUUAAAAACCUUCAAGUCUUGGACCUGUCAUUUAAUCUUAUAACCGGUUCUGUUCCCGGUUGGUUGGCUAGUCUGCCCAACCUUUUCUACAUUGAUUUGUCCAAUAACCUCCUUCAAGGUGGAUUUCCUAAUGACCUCUGUGGGAUGCCAGUUUUGACAUCGAAAGAGGCCAGUGAUAACGUGGACAGAAGUUAUUUAGAGUUGCCAGUAUUUGUGAAGCCCAAUAAUGCUACUGAUCAGCAGCAGUGUUUUCAAAGGCAUGCCUUUGCGCGCGUUGGAGCACGCGUCGGCGCGAGGCGGGAGGAAAACGCCCGAGGCGUCCUGCUGUUUCGCGAUCUGCACGUUUAG